UACACGUCCCCCUCUUCCUACUUUGGACCCACCGACUGAACUGACCAUUGGAAGACGAUGAAAACUAUAAUUGAUACGACUGACGACCAGCUGCUAGCACCGACGCUCCAGAACGUCCUCGACCAAAAAUCUCUCAAGUGGAUAUUCUGCGGCGGCAAGGGAGGCGUCGGCAAAACCACCACUUCAUGUUCACUUGCCAUACAGCUGGCCCAAUGCCGUGAAUCCGUCCUUCUCAUCUCGACGGAUCCCGCGCAUAACCUCUCGGACGCCUUCGGUCAAAAGUUCUCCAAAGACGCAACAAAAGUCAACGGAUUCAAGAACUUGUAUGCGAUGGAGAUCGACCCUACCAGUGCGAUCCAGGAGAUGAUCGAACAGUCCGACCAGAAUGGUAUGAUGGGUUCAAUGAUCCAAGAUCUCGCAUUUGCUAUUCCUGGCGUCGACGAAGCCAUGAGUUUCGCCGAAAUCAUGAAACACGUGAAAUCCAUGCAAUACUCCGUUAUCGUCUUCGACACCGCACCAACCGGGCAUACCCUCCGCUUCCUCUCGUUCCCAACUGUCUUGGAAAAGGCUCUCGGAAAACUCAGCAGUCUCAGCGGUCAAUUCGGUCCGAUGUUCAGACAGAUGUCAUCGAUGAUGGGCGGUCAGCAGGAUUCACAGGAGGACAUGUUUGCGAAGCUCGAGUCGAUGCGGGCUGUUAUUAAUGAAGUCAACGCGCAGUUCAAGGAUCCGGAAAAGACGACCUUUGUCUGUGUUUGCAUUUCCGAAUUCUUGUCUCUGUAUGAGACGGAACGUCUCGUGCAGGAGCUCACGACAUACGAGAUCGACACGCACAAUAUCGUCGUCAACCAAUUAUUAUUCCCGAAGAAAUCUUCGAAUUGCGAACACUGCAUGGUCCGCCAAAAGAUGCAGCAGAAGUACCUCGCAGAAGCACACGAACUCUACGACGAAUUCUUCCACAUCGUACAGCUUCCUCUUCUGACGGAAGAGGUUCGCGGCCCGGAGAAGCUGAAAGCUUUCAGCAAGAUGUUGGUAGAACCUUAUGCCCCUGCGGAUGACCAACGUAUGUAGAAGAAGAAAGGGAGACGAUGCUUGUGAGGAAAUACCGGUUGGAUGGUCUUUUUUCCUUCCUCUUAGAUAGUUCAUUUAUGGUGAAGUGUGCCCAUAAUACAAUAGUAAUUUGUGCAGACAUCAACUACUACUGAAUACCUCCCAGGGAGGAAAUGGGUUUCUUUGGUG